UGUGCAUGUACAUAUAUCCAAAGGAUCCUUUAAGACCAAUUCCCAAACAUAAGGGACAUUUUCUUCAUUUUUAUCGUUUUAUGAUUCACCUGACAAACUCUACUAGUCCAGUGUGUGCAAAGUGUAUUAGGUUUCAGACGAGGGCUUGAUUGCGUUACACAUGGCGGCGCCGGCAGAUAUGGCGAAGGUUGAAGGAUGCGAUACAUCAAUGGCGAAUACAGUAAGGAUAUAUAUUGGUGGUUUAGGCGAAAGUGUGACGGCUGAUGAUUUGAAAAAGACAUUUUCAACACCACAACUCGGAAAAGUGGAAUCUAUGGAUAUUGUGAGAACUAAAGGACGCAGCUUUGCUUACUUGGAUUUACUUCCUUCUUCGGAAAAAUCUCUACCCAAGCUUUUCAGCACGUAUAACGGAUGUAUGUGGAAAGGUGGGAGGCUUAGAAUAGAGAAGGCAAAGGAACACUUUUUUCUUCGUUUGAAACGUGAGUGGGAAGAAGAUGCUACACUUGCCACUACUUCAACCCAUCCUCCUGUUACUGCAGCUGAAAUGACGAACUCCCUGAAAAGUCAGAAGAAAAACUGGAAGUUGGAUGAAACGCAGAUUCGGAUUUACUUCCCAAAAUUAGGAAAGAUAAAAUCAGUGCCUCUUAGAGGAACUGGCAAGCACAAAUACAGUUUUCAGCGAGUGGAAGUUCCUUCAUUACCCACCCAUUUUUGUGAUUGUGAAGAGCACUCUGGUCCUCCUUAUACAACCAAUCAAAAAUCACUUUGCAAUUAUGGAUCAAAGGAUGGUGGAAUGGACGAGAAAGAGCUGAACAUUAUGAAUUCAGUGUUGAACAGAAUUUUUGAGAGGGAGAACUACUCUGAGCAAGCUCCUAGGGAUUUUAAAUUAUCUAAGGAAGCUCGAAACUCAAAUGGUACAGUUGAUCAUUUGCAGAAUGAAAAGAAUCUAGUCAACCAAGUAACCGGAGAUGAUGAUAACCUCACUCUCAAUGUGGUGGCUGGUGCAAGUGAAAGAACCACUAUGGUAAAGGAUCCAAUCCAGGAAGCAAUGGCAGCUACUCAGGUUAAUGAGGAUUUUGUCGAUCAAGAAAUGGAUGACGAUGAUGAUAACCUUAUUAUCAAUGUAGUGGCUGGUGCAAAUGAUAAAAACACUAUGUUCAAAGAUCCAACCCAGGAAGCAAUCGCAGCUCUUCAGAAUUCGCUAUCCAAGGAAUCACGACUUGCUACAGAUAAAGAAAAGCAAGGAAGGAAGAUGUCUUCAAACAGAAAGCGAAAAGCACCUUCAGAUGAUGAUGGUGAGGGACAUACUUUGCUACCUGAAGCAAAGCAGAAUCUGAAUGCUCUUACUUGUGAUAGAACAGAUGUGUGUCCUGCAGAAGUCAAACCAGGUAGCCAACCAUCAAAUAGAAGUGCCAAAUUCCCAAAGAAGUCUCCAUGGAAAGAUCUCGUUAGUGCGAGUAGUGGUGCUACAUUCAGUUUAUUGGAUAUUUUGCCAAGUGCUAUUCCUGGUAAAGAGAUGCAGUCUGGCCCUAAAGGUGUUAGUGAAUCCUACUUCACUGACAAAAAAGAUGAAGUAUCAAAAGAUGAGAAAGUAUCUGAUCAGCAUGAAGAGCUGGAUAAAGUUGAAUCUGAAGAUGAAGUAUCAGAAGAUGAGAAAGUAUCUGAUCAGCAUGAAGAGCUGGAUAAUUUUGAAUCUGAAGAUGAAGUAUCAGAUCAGCAUGAAGAGCUGGAUAAUGUUGAAUCUGAAGAUGAAGUAUCAGAAGAUGAGAAAGUCUCAGAUCAGCAUGAAGAGGAUAAAGUUGAAUCUGAAGAUGAAUUAUCAAAAGAUGAGAAAGUAUCAGAUCAGCAUGAACAGCUGGAUAAAAUUGCUGAAGAUCCAAUUGACAAUUUAGAUGGCCCUGUAGAUAUUUAUGCCAGAGGUGCUGCAUGGCGAAAACAAUCUUCUUGGACACAAUUGGUUAGUGAUACCGCCAGAAAUUCGUUCAGCAUUUCGCAAAUUUUGUAUGGUCGAAGUAAUCCAGAACCAGAGUUGCCAGUGAUGGGGGAGACUGGAAAAGCACAAAAAUCUAACAGCACGGAUAAAUGUGAUUUCCAAGAUGUUUCUACAUCUCAUGAAGGGACCAAAGCCGAUGCCUUUAGUGCCCUUGUAACUUGCAGUGCGAGUGUCAUUGUAGGGGAGCAGAAGAAUGUUCCUUUCAGUCAAGAUCUUCCAGUGUUGGACAACUAUCAGCAGAAAGGAAAAAAGAAGAAUGAAGCCUGUGCUUCAACUCCCGAAAAGGAACCCCUAUCUUCACCAAAACAAGCAAUUUUAGGAGAUCCUAAUUACAGUGAAACUUGUUCUUUCAUGAGGAGUGCUGCUUCAAUGAAAGAGUGGACGAAAACAAAAGCUGCACUAAGUGGGUCACUCAAGAAGAAGACUAAUGAGAAAAAGUAGUGGAGAUUUCAGGAUAGCUUCAUGGAAGAUGUGACGGCUUCCAGUUACAUGGACAACGCACUCCCUUUUCAUUUAGGUGCAUACUUCUAGUUUCAACAUCAGUUGUCUCAUUCUUGAAUCUACAGUUUUCCAUUUGAAGUUUAUAUAUGAACAUCCUUUUGUUUGUAGCCCAUGUUGCAAGGUGGUACUACCGCCUAGUGCAAAGUUGUAAGAGAAACCAGAAAUCUGGUAAAUGAUUGGUAAACACAACCUUGAGUGCCCCACCCACUCUUCCCUCAGAAAAAAGGUAAAAAAUGAUGAAGGAAGAGGAAGAAACAGAGACUGAUUUUCUUCGCACGGUAGAUUGCUCUGCUUGGCAUGAAAAGUCAGUGGUGAGUCUUGUGCAGUGGCAGAUCUUAAAAUAGGUCAAGCCAAGUGCCACUACUAGAGCAUUAUGAAAUUCCUUGAUUAUGUCAUUCUGUGCUUACCAAUAGUAAUAUACUGAUAUUGGUUCUUGAACUCAAAUCUUUAUUUAAGCAGAAAGAGCAGAAUUUUGAGAAGUUAUCAAAUGAUUUUGGGUCGAAGAGAUGACAGAAUUCUGAAACUGAAUUUAUAGAGCCUUCUUAGGUGGCAACGUUUUAAACACUGGAUGUGUAAUUCUUAAGCAUCAGUAAAUGUUUUAAGACUUGAGAAGAAGACUGGUAACCAUUGAACAGUCUCACUUGAAUGCCAAUAUUGUUGAAUUUGUGCAA